GUCUAGAAGCUCAAACCUACGGAAAAAGCUACUUACUGUACGGUAGGUAUGGUACUCCAUCCCUCACUCUAGCUCGACUCACCUGCCUGCCCCUCGUCAGCUUUCAGGUCCCCUGUUCGUUGGCUGCGUUUCAACGCCAAGGCUCGCAUCUUGGACAACCAAGAAGCCCCUCCAAACCCGUGGAGACCCCUUUUCUGUGAAUGGUUGUACACCGACGAUCGGAACUGCCUGAAGCACCAAGACACAUCUUGACACAUUUUUUUAUUUCUUUCUCUUUUCCUUGGUCGUGUGGUUCCUUAACUUCUUUUGAUCUUAUUGCAUAUAUACCCAAACAGAUCGACCACUGCAAGGACUAGCCAGUGCUUUUCAACCACCCAAGGGCUGAACGACAAGGCUGAGAUACAAAAAAAAAUUAUAAAAAAAUAUAGAUAGUAACGAAAAGAAUCCAGUUAAAGAACCGACCGCCCCCCCUCUCUAUACCUGCCGAUCACCAUCAUGGCCGCCCGUCCUAGUCUUACCACACAUGGCCUGUCCGGCUUGUCACAGAGCUCGGACUUGAACUCGCCAAAUGUCAACUCUCCCGCCGAAUCGCGAAAGCAGGCCAUGAGCAAGAUCCACAACACUUUGGGAGACAGGCCACUUCAGCACAUUUGGGCCGUUUGGUUCGACCGGAGCCAAAACAAGGAGAACCAGGCCAAGGAUGGCUCCUACCAGGUCCAGCUCGAGCAGCUCGGCGCCGAGAUUGCCAGUAUCCAGGACUUCUGGAGGUACUGGAACAACACGCCCGUCCAGUACAUCAAGAUGCGCGAGUCCAUCUACCUGUUCAAGAAGGGAUUCAAGCCCAUCUGGGAGGACCGCAGGAACAUAAACGGAGGCAGCUGGACGUUCCGCGUGCCCAAGAGCAUUGGCCCCGACGUCUGGAAGUUGGUGCAGCUUGUUGCGAUCGGCGAGGAGCUCCAGGAUUCUUUAGACACCGGCGACCAACUCUGCGGUGUAGGCCUCUCGGUCCGCUUCAACUCGCACCUCAUCUCCAUUUGGCACCGCGACUCGUCCAAACAAAAGUCCAUCGACGGCAUGGUCAAGGUCGUGCUCGAUACCCUGCCCGCCGAGCUCCGGCCCAAGCCCGACAACUACUUUUACAAGAAGCACUCCGACCACGCCGGCUUCAAGGCCCCGCCCGAGCUGCAGGCCGUCCUCGACUCGCAAAAGGCCCGCGAGGCCGCCGCGGCCAAGACGGAGGGUGGUGCCGGUGGUCAGGCCUCGGAGAACCCGGUCCCCGAAAUCAAGGAGCCCGGUGCGGACAACUGAUGCGCGGCGGGAGCACCAAGGUGGGUGACUCCACGCGUUGUGGUCAGAGGGGGAGGUUAUAGAUUCUAAUUUUUUAACAAAAUCGUUUUGAGAUGGAUUAAGGUUGUCGUUUUUAAGAGGGAAAUGUGCAAAGCGGGUGGCUGGCUCUUUUUUUUUCUUCCUCUUUCUUGGAUAUAAGCCUUGUUCUUACACUCGGGCAGGCCAGGUGGAACAUUUUGAACACUGUUGGCCAUGUUGACAAGGUUCAACGAUGUUCCCCUGGGUAGCAGCUGGUGACGGUCGGGAGACCCUGCGGCGUUCUCGACCGCAGUGCAUGCUAGUUGGAUUUUCCUUUACUUUUUUGCAUACUGUCGGCGUUCCGUGGGAGUAUAUAUAUGUGUCGGGGCUCCUCCUCGAUGAGGUUUGGAGAAUAACCACAUUUUUUUGCACAUGUUACAUUGGAACGUCUCUAGUUGACCAAAUACCGAGCAAGCCCAGCUUGAAGCUGGACCCAACGUG